UAUUUAGAAUAUCAACACCUCCUUGUAGUACCAGCAACAAUUUUUUCCUUUCCCCAAUAAAAACAAACAAUAUUCCUUUAACAACAAAGUUUUCCCCCUCUCCAACAAUACAACAACAAACAUACUCUCCUCCCCAACUUGAAAAGAAACGAAAUAAAGUUUUAGUAAAACAAAAUAUUAAAAGAGAAUUUACAAUUGAUGGACUUCUUUUAAAAGAAGUUGAAAAUAAAAAAAUAAAAAAAGAAGGAAAUGUUGGGGUUGUUGAUUAUUUUAUGGAAGAAGGGCAACUUAGUCUGACAGAUGGACGUAGAAAUGUUGGAAUUAAAGGAGGAGAAGGAAGAAAGAGGAAAGGAAGUAGUAAUGAGGAUUUUGAGUAUUCUCCACCAUUGCCAAAAUCUUCUCCUAUUCUUUUACAACAACAGAAACUCCCCCCAUCAAAACAUGUUUGCACAGAAUGCGGUAAAAGUUAUGCUACAAGUUCAAAUCUUUCUCGACAUAAACAAACACACAGACCUAUUGAUAGUCCACACGCUAGAAGGUGCCCUUAUUGUGAAAAACCUUAUGUUUCAAUGCCAGCAUUUGCAAUGCAUAUAUUAACACACAAAGCUAAACAUAAAUGUCCAAUUUGCGGAAAACUUUUUUCUCGUCCAUGGCUACUUAAAGGACAUUUACGUAGUCAUACUGGACAGAAACCCUUUGGUUGUGGAAAUUGUGGGAAAGCAUUUUCUGACAGAUCUAACCUUCGAGCACAUUUAAAUACACAUAAUGCUGAAAAACGUUGGAGUUGUGCUCAUUGUGGGCGUGGAUUUGUAUUAAAAAGUUAUUUAAAUAAACAUCUCGAACAACAACAUGGAGAUUCUAAUUUAGUUAAUAAUGAAGAAGAAGAGAAGUAA